ACACCAGCCACUAAACUGAAACCCAAGCCGCUGAAAGACGCUUUCUGAGGAGCUGGUGAAGUUAAAAAACACCCCUCGUUGGCCCCAACACCGGGAUGCCUCAAGGCACGAGUGAAAAUGUGGCUGUAUACGUGCAUAGUUCGUCAGUAAACCCAUCAGAAGGAGAUACUGUUGUACAUGUUGCCGAUACAAAACCCUCCGCCAACGUGCCACCAGACGGAGAGGCUUCGUCCCCCGAAAUUCCACCGACAUCUCUACAAGACGCCCGAGGCUCCAGUCUUUCAUCAUCAAUAUCACGCAUUGAAUCGACGUUGAGUGACAAUGUCUUCACUCAUCCGCCUCCUUCCAAAUAUUCCUACUUCGUGGCGGCCAUGGCCUGCUUAAAUAGCUGCAAUCUAGGCUACGAUGUUGGUUCUGUCGGAGGCGCGGCACUCUUGAUGCAGGAAGAAUUCGAGUGGUCAUCCUGGGACCUUAGCUUCUAUGUUGCACGGGCCUUUCCCCUCGCCAUGUUUGGCCGUUUUCUCAUUGGUAUUGGGGUGGGCCUCGGGCUCGCCAUUGACGCACUUUACAUUGGCGAAAUCGCCCCUCCCAGCCACCGUGGGCACCUGGUGUCCUUCUCGGAGGUGGCGCUGAAUUUUGGGAUCAUGUUGGGUUUUGUCGCGGACUACGCACUUCUAGAUGUGGGGCCUGGACUGGAUUGGCGCUUGAUGCUGGGCUUAGGGAUGGUGAUGCCCUCCAUCCUCAUCGUCCUCUCCUUCACGGUCAUGCCGGAAUCUCCCCGCUGGCUUUUGAUGCGGGGUCGGCGGGAGGAAGCCGUAGCAGUAUUGCGGAAAGUUUACAUGCCAGGGAGCAAUGUGGACGGUGUUGUUGCUCAGAUAGAACAUCAUAUACAAGCUGAUUUCGCCGCGGAUAAACACAGCAGUUGGCACGCCAUUUUUUGUCCGACUCCGCCCGUGCGGCUGAUGCUUUUGGCAGGGAUUGGGCUUGCGGCUUGCCAGCAAUUGAGCGGGUGUGAAAGUUUGAUAUAUUUCUCUCCAGAAUUCAUGAGAGACGCCGGCUUUGUCACGAAGAACGCGGCCUUUGGGAUGACCAUCCUUGUAGGGGCGAGCAAAACGCUUUUCACCAUCUUAGCCGCCCUGUACGUGGACCAAAUGGGUCGUCGGCCCUUGCUUUUCAUCUCCAUCGGAGGACUCUUUGUCUUCCUGAUCGUGAUGGGCCUGGCCUUUGAACGAGAGAGUCUGGCCUGGUUGAUGGUGGUAGGGACCACUGAGGUAUUCAGCACGCGCAUCCGUGCCAAGGCCAUGUCAUUGGCAACGUCCUCCAACCGUCUUAUCGCUGGAAUCGUUGCGAGUACAACGCUCCCCCUGGUCCAGGCGCUGACACCCAUGGGGUUCUUCUUCUUCUACGCCUGCAUGACGAUGGGCACUGGGGCCUACGUGUAUGUCUUCUUUCCUGAAACGAAAGGAAAGUCUCUUGAAGAGGUGGAAGAAUAUUUUGAACGGGUUGCAGCACAGGCGGGUGCCCGGAGAAAUAGGAAGAAGGGAGGUAACCGGGAGGGUGAGCAGAUGUACACGGCCCACACCGACGGAUCGAAUGAAAGUGAGGAACGCCAAGUUGAAAUGAUCAGCUGAAAAUUGUAUAGGGUGCAGUUGCAGUACAUUUAAAACUUGAAAAUAAAAUCUUAAAUACUCGAAAAUGAUGGGAUGGCUGAUUGUCUUCAGAAUCAGGCCAGGGGCUAAGGAAUUGUCUGAGUCGGGAUCUUACCUCUUGUGAGCCUCUUCGAUGCAAAACAAAUAUUUGUCAGCU